AUGCAGCAGCAGGUGAGGGGGUUCAUCCAGAUGAGGACGAACCUGAAGGUGGUGGACAAUUCGGGGGCGAAGAGGGUGAUGUGCAUCCAGGCGAUGAAGGGAAGGAAGGGGGCGCGACUGGGGGACACCAUCAUCGCCUCCGUGAAGGAGGCCCAGCCGCGUGGCAAGGUCAAGAAGGGGGACGUCGUCUACGGCGUCGUCGUCAGGGCGGCGAUGCAGCGGGGCCGCUGCGACGGCAGCGAGAUCAAGUUCGACGACAACGCCGUCGUCCUCGUCAACAAGCAGGGCGAGCCCAUCGGCACCCGCGUCUUCGGCCCCGUCCCCCACGAGCUACGCCGCAAGAAGCACGUCAAGAUCCUCACCUUGGCCGAGCACAUCGCCUGA